UGUUGCUGUUGUUGUCUGUCUUCUGCUUCUCAUUGCCAACAUUUGUUUGGAUUUGGAUUGUGAUUCUAGAGUGAAAGUAGAGGUCAAAUGAAAUGAAAGUGGCCUUAACACUAAGUUCUUUGUAAUGUUAAUUGUCUCAUGGAUGCUAUUGAUGCGACCUGUUAAAACCUAAAUAAUUGCAUACCUGCAGUUUCAUAUGACAUUCCAGUGAAAUGGAAACUGCUAGCUCAUCUCUCAGUCCAGAGAGUCUUCUUGGACUUGCAAAAUAUGCAAUUGAACUAUUUAAUCCUAGUCACAAAUUAGCUACACACAACCUAGAAGAAAUAUUUUAUGCUUUCAAACAUGACUUUCGAACCACUUACACUCGUUUGAAAUGUGUGGCUGUUCCUCAGCAAGUUAUUCACAGCCUCAUUUCGCUUCCUUCUUGCUGUGAUACUAACAUAGACAAAGAGACGUAUGCUGUUGUCGGUUUAAAAGCAGCAACAAUGCUUGGGAUACCUGUUGGAGGAUCAAGUCUAGGAUUUGUAUCUAAGUGUGUUUGCCCCUUAGCGUCACGUAGUGACUGCAGUUCCAGCUGCAAACCAUUCAAUCAACUUCCUAAAAUCUAUUCUCUUCAAAUUGUGUCAAAUCGUAACAUUCCGCCUCAUCAAAUUCUAGUCAAUGAAACUGUCUAUCAUAAUAUUAAGACUACUCUAUUUGGUUCCCUCUCUGAUAUGGAAGGAAGAUUAAUUUUAUGUGUGAGACGCUCAGACCAAAUUUUCAGGGGGUCAAAGUUCGUACUUAGACAUGCCACCAAAGCUGUAGUUUCCUGUGUUGAGCAGCCACAAGCAAUAGAUAAUGGUAUUUUGUCUGCAUGUCUUACUGGUUAUUUUCAAGUACCUCAUCAUCUGCACAAGGGUGAUAUUUUUAAAGUUGAGCUUUCCAAACAUGCCCCAGAAGUCACUCUAGCACCUGGAAAAUUUGCUAUGAAGGAUGUUUAUUUUUUAGUUAAAAGUAUUGAUGGAGAAAGUUAUGAUGGUGUUCGAAAUUCUGGUGAAAGUUUUGGCUUCCUCAUCGCCAAAGGGGAAACUACUCUUGUCCAAGAUAUAAAUGUCCACUGCUUUCUCCCAAGCAGUACAUUAUUGAGUAUUUCUACUCUAAGUUAUCCCAUACCAAAAUAUCCUGAAGGUCUUAAAAAAGAAUAUGACAAGUUGAUAAAAGCUACACUACCAUUUCUCAAGGGUACUUCUCGAGGCUUGAAGCCUGCUUUUUUAAUAACCGGACCAACAGGCUGUGGUAAGAGAAGCCUUGUAUCAAGUGCAGCAGAACAGCUAGGAAUGAACUUUUGGGCGAUAGAUAGUGCUGAAAUUCGGGGAGGUACACCAGGCCAAACUGUGGGUAAAUUAAAGGCAGUGCUGUCCAAAGCGAAGCAAUACGUCCCCUGUAUUGUACUACUUUCCAAUGUUCAAAUUCUUUGUAAAGACCAAGAUGGUCAUGAUGACUUUCGAGUUCUUGAAGAAUUUGGGGAGCAGCUUUCUAAUUUCAAAAAUGCAAAACUACCAAUUGUUGUUUUUGGAACUGCUGAAUCUUCAACAGAUCUCAGCUCUGUUUUUGCAAGAUCAUUCCUUUUAGAAAUGCAGAUACCUGCUUUGGAGAAGGCAGAAAGGAAGAUACAAUUACUUCAAAUUAUGGCUCAGUACAAAACCAGCACAACAGAGAUUUGCUUAGAGGAGGUUGCCUCACGCUCCUCUGGAUUUUUGCUUGGUGACCUAAAUGAACUUGUAUCACUUGCCCUGAGGAACAGGAUGUGCAAUGAAACUGUUGUUGGUGAAUCAUCAACAAUUGGUGGCACCUCUACAACUGUUUUGACCAAUGAUAACUUUAGUUGGGCCUUAGAUAAGAUGCAGACUGCGUAUGCUGGAUCCAUUGGAGCCCCCAAAAUACCAUCAGUGAAGUGGAAUGAUGUUGGGGGAUUAGAAAAUGUGAAGAAGGACAUACUUCAAACUGUAACUAUGCCUCUCAAACAUCCUGAACUAACUGCUGGAGGUCUUGGUCGUUCAGGCAUUUUGUUGUACGGACCACCAGGAACUGGGAAAACUUUACUUGCAAAAGCUGUUGCGACUGAAUGCAAUCUAAAUUUCCUCUCAGUGAAAGGUCCUGAGCUAUUAAAUAUGUAUGUUGGGCAGAGUGAAGCUAAUGUUAGAGAAAUUUUUGAAAGAGCAAGAGAGGCUUCUCCAUGCAUCAUAUUUUUUGAUGAGCUUGAUGCUCUAGCCCCUAAUAGAGGGAAAAGUGGUGAUUCUGGGGGGGUGAUGGACAGGGUUGUUUCUCAACUUCUCUCGGAAAUGGAUGGUCUUAAUAAGUCUGCCCUUCUUUUUGUAAUCGGUGCUACAAAUCGACCAGACCUCAUUGAUCCUGCUCUUUUGCGCCCUGGAAGGUUUGAUAAGCUGUUGUAUGUCGGAGCCUAUGAAGAUCCUAAUUCAAAAUUUAGUGUGUUGUCAGCACUCACCAGAAAGUUCAAAUUAUCAUCAGAUGUAGAUUUAAAAGCAGUAUCUGAGAGGUUGCCUGCAGAGGUGACCGGUGCAGAUAUGUACGCUGUCUGCUCAGGGGCGUGGCUUGGGGCUGUGCGUCGAGUUAUUGAAACAAAUCAGAAAGAUUCCAAAACUAUCCCAUCUGAAGUAGAGGUUAAUCAGGAGGAUUUCUUUGAGGCUGUUUCUAAUACAAACCCCUCAGUUAGUGCAGAAGACAUGUUGUACUUUAAAGGACUUCAAAGACAAAUGUCUGGAGUCCAAGCCUAGUAUAAAUAUAUGGGUUUUUAUCUUGGUAAAAA